AGGCGGACUUCGAUCCGCGUCAGAAACAAGUUUUUUGUUUUUCCCCAAGAACACAAACCCUAUGGGUGCCGAUGAGGAUCUGCAGCCCCUGGGGCGCACACUCAGCUUUGCGAGCAAGACGGCCAGCCUGUCGAUAUGCGGUGGCAAUGUGACAGCGGUGCAAACCACGGGCGGUGCUACAAGCAGCGAUCACACUGCUGCACGAGGGCUUUCCAAAAAUGCAUCCGCGCCGACGCUGCCGUUGGGGACAACAGGUAUCCAGGAUGAUGUCGUUGUGCUGUCUGUAGUACAUUUGCGCAUUUGCAUUUUGUUUGUAAAAAUAGCUGUUGUCGCUGCUGUAGUGUGAGACGACAUGCUGGUCACCCCACGUAAUUUUUUUAUGAAUUUCCUGCUUGUCCCAAACUUAGCUAUCGAUCCCAAACGCUCUCAGAUUAUGCGCUCGGAUCAGAGCAAGCACGAAGCGGGAGAUCGUCACCGUUUAGCAACCUAAGCGGUAGCAGAACCCUGAAACUGGGCGGCCGCUACACGAGUUCCGUAAAGACGUUGGUCGCAAAUCCGCUGGGGCGCAAAAAGGCUUUUCCCUUCGGCACCGGGGACAUGCCCUUCAUUUCGACCAGGAAGGGCGGGAGCAUCAACAUACCCACCACCGUUUUCCGGAACAAAUAUGGCGUUCUCAAACGUUACAUGCUCAACUGUUACAUGAAUUUGUCAUGCAAAAGUACCUUAAGCCGGGCGGCAGAUGAUCGAGCUGCUUCGCAUGACAAAUUUCGGAAGGGCUAAACAGCAUCCAAAUCUGCGCCAAACUUGUAAUGCAAAAGGCGCAAUCUUCCUGCUUUCACUUUUGCCAGUCUUGCAUUGCAAACUCAUGUAACAGUUGAGAAUGUAACAGUUGAGAACGCCAUAACAAAACCCGGGUUCCGAUGGGCAUGGCAGGCGUCGUCGAGCAGGAGCUGGACCGGGCAUUUACGCACCUAGAUCCAUACUGCGUAUAAUGAAUCUAUGGAUGUUUGUUGUAGUUUUUGUAGUCGGGGAGCUGGCCGCUUGAACUCGUCAUAGAUGCAUCAUGUACGGUUCAAAGGAAUCUCGAACUCUAUUUUCGUAUUUUUCAGGAGAGAGAUGGAGAUCAGCACUAGCCAGAUGAAACUCAUCCUGCUGCAGACACAAUGAUGAACUUUGACUUAUACUUCUGUUGCUUCUUGAAUUACAACGCAAGACCAUUAAAUGCAAAUCACAACAGCGGGACCGGUUUGGCGACAAGAAUUUCUAUUUGUCCGAUCACGCCAUGUCGGCCGCAGGUGCAAACGCGGUGUUUGAGCAGAUCAGCGAGAGACCACGAGACGACCUAGAUCGGCUCAUCGCUAUCGACUGCCGGAACGCCAGAUACCUGCAGUAGUGAUAUCGUGACGAUGUCGAUGAUGCCGAGCAUUUUUACAGUGGAACACGAUGCUCAGAGUCUGCCUAGAAUGAGUCCGAGUUCUUAGCUCCUAAUCCUCUGCCUCUGAAACAUUCAAAUGAACUUUCGUCUCAACACAGCUGCGGCCGUUACCAUUGCAGCUGUGCAUGAAGCUUGUCGUCUGACUCUUAACUUUUAUCUUUCAUCUACGGGCUUGUUUGUGCUACUACUGCCAUUCCUUGUUGGAGGGUGGCCAGGUACUAGAGGAGCAGUGCAAAAACUUGUGGGCUAAAUUCGAGUUAAAACUCUCGAAAUCUGUAACGAAGUGGUGAUCGAUAUGAAGAACCAACAGGGAAUUGUAUGGCGGGCUGACGACAAGCAGAAUUCUGGGAUGGACCGCGCCCUCGUACUCAU